GUGGGCCGACUUAUCCUGAAAUGCACAAACUAUCCAAAAUACCUUAUAUGUGUAAAAAUAAAAGUUUAGACGCAAGUAAGCAACCCACUAUAAAGACGCGACCACCAGUGAACAUUGGCGUGUCGCCGUACCUCUCAUUCCUCUCUUAUCUUUCGCCACCGCCGGCAAUGGCCAUGGAAGUCGCCGGAACCUGCUUGAAUUGGUCUUCGCCGCUGCCGUACCGCGGUCCUUUAUCAGCAAAAACUGUAGCACACGCCAUUUCCUUUCUCCUUCACAACUCAACAAACUCCCACGAUCUCGCCAAAACCCAUAAUACCGUUCAUUGCACACCUUUCCUGGGAACCACCCUUAUUCAUCACUCCCAUCAAAGAGAAAUAUCCAGAGGUGGAAGAAGGACUUCCUCCAGCGCCAGCCUCGAUGAAAACGAAGAGGAAUUUGAGAGUAGGAUUAACGAAUUAAACCUCAAAUUUAAAAUCAAUGUCGAAUCUCAGCUAAAUCAAGAAGCAGAAACCAGUACUUGUGGCGGCGAAUCCGCACCCACUAAAAUAGAGUCGAUGCCGCCAGAAUCAUGGCCUGGCAGUGAUGGAUUAGUGUUGCAAAAGACGGAGUGGAUGGCAAAAAGUUUCGAUCUCCCUCUGUCGCUGCGAAUCCUGAAGCGGAAGAAGGAUGAGCUUCGUCAAUCGGCUCAGAUGAAGGAAUCCGCAAGCUGCUCCGUGAAGAAAGCCUUCUCUUCUACGGUGCUUAUAGUUCGCGAGCUCCAUAGCCACCUGAUUUGCAUGCGAGAAGCCCUGUUUUCACCCGAUAACUUCCAGAUUCAGGAAACCCUCGCAAGGGUCCAUGACGAUCUCCACUCCUCUUUUGUCUGGCUCUUUCACCGCAUCUUUUCCACUACUCCUACCCUCAUGGUCUACCUCAUGCUCCUCCUCGCCAAUUUCACCGUCUUCUCCAUCACCGACCACCAUAUCGCCGCCGCACCUCAAUCCGUCAUUGUCUCAAUCGAAGAAUCCCAAAAUCCCAGCUCUCGAUUUAGUCCUCCCACCAUCAAAACAUUCUCCCUCUGCAGUUCUUCCGCCGUCGGCGGAAGCGGCGGGGGCGGGGGCAAGCGGGAAAGCGGCGGGGGCGGCGGCAAGCCACCGGCGAUCGCGAGUGCGGCCGAUGACGGCCAUUCUGAUCGCUCUUCAGCUUCACUAGGGGAAGGAGGCGCGAUCUCCCCGGAGGUGAUUUCCAUGGCAACUUUGGACGAGAAGAAGGUGGCCACAGAAUGGAAGAAGAUGGUAAGGGAAACGAAAGAGAUGCUCAGGGCAAACGGGCGACACGAAGCGCUCAUGGAUCCCGAUACGUUGCGGCGAUUCGUGUCGUCCCCGGACGAUUUAUCGGUUUAUUGUGGUACGGAGUUAUCGUACCGGAUAGCACUCGCCGAGAACCCCGACAAUGCUCUGCUCCUCUCCAAUUACGCCCAGUUUCUCUACACUGUUCACCGCGACCACGAGAGGGCGGAGGAAUAUUUUAGGCGGGCGGUACGAGCUGAGCCGGCGGAGGCGGAGACGCUGAGUCGGUAUGCGAGCUUCUUGUGGUUGGCGAGGAAGGAUUUGGAGGCGGCGGAGGAGACAUUCUUGGAAGCCAUUUCUGCAGAUCCCGGAAACAGCCACCAUUCAGCCAACUACGCCCACUUUUUGUGGAGCACCGGCGGCGAGGACACUUGCUAUCCUCUCAGUGAUUGUGAUGCGUAAAUUUUUCAUCAGGUUCAAUAUUUAUGUAUAUAUUAAUUAGUUCUAAUUCUUUGUUAAAUAGUGAUGCUAGUCCUGAUCAUGCAAAAAUAUUAUAUAUGUAUGAUAUGUAAACAUAUGUAAUAUUUUCAGGGUCAGUAGAUUCAUGUUUGUUUAGGGUUGGAUGUGUGCAUAUGUAUUUUUUUAGAAAUAAUUCACAUUUUUGAGAGUGAUAGUUAU